UAUAAUGAAUUCCUACUAGUCAUGCAGUGGAGUAUUCAACUACAGAGGCCAUUGUAAUUAUAUUGACCACAUAAGGGAAUGCUCUGACGUACACAAAACGAACCCUUUAAAAGACAGAUGCACAUACACUUUGCUUCAAUCAUUCCUAUUUUCAAAAAACAUCGACAAGUAUCAGACUGAUCAUGUAUUCUGCUUCAGAGUGCUUUGAUUAUAUUGACAACAUCACAGCAGACAAGCCGAGCUAUUUCUUGCUCUUUCUCAUAUCUCCAGUCGAUUCAACUGUCUGGGGUCCAAGACCCCAAGGAUGGUUGCAGUCUUUCAUUGGAUUCACUGCAAUAUUCAGCUUCAUAUUCUUCUUCAUUGGACUAAUGUCAGUUAUGCUGAUCAUCAAGCGAGACUGUGCCAGACUCAAGACCAAGACUUUCCUAGCUAUAUACAUAUGUCUAGCAGUUCUUGGAUUCACUCACACUAUCCACCUAUCACUGGAUCCUAAUGGAAUACUCGGCUGGAUUGUAUCGGAAUUUCCAGAAUGGAUCAUCAUCUCCAGGUUCUUGCAAGUCAGUGGAUUCCCUAGCAUUACUGCUACCUAUACACUCGUGUUCAUCACGCUGUACAAGUCAGUGGAAAUUGGCUCAUCUCGACUGUGGCAUCGAGACUGGAGGGUGGUCACCAUACUAGUCAUGAGUCACUAUUUGGUUGCUUAUGCCUCAGAAAUCAUUGCAAACGUUGGUGGAUACUUUGCACUAGCAGCAGUCAUCAUAUGCGAAUUCGGUCUUGCAGUCUGGGGCAUCGUCACAUGUUUGAUCUAUUUCUUCACCGGUCGGAGGUUGCUUAGAAAACUAAAGAACCAGUGUCAGAUGAGCGUGCGCAUGUCUUCAUCUGUAUCUGCAAGAGACCAAUGUCAUACAAGGAAGCCUCGUCUGCAGGAAACCCAAAGUGUGCUAACACAUGAGCACUACUCCAGACAAUACAACAAAAUAUCACACACUCUUCGGAAAGUAACCAUCAUAACGUAUUUCACGUCAGUUCUGACUGUACUUUAUGCAACAGUCAGUUUAGUAUCGCUGUUCUUCAACUCGUGGUUCAUAUUUUAUGACUGCAUUGGUCUGAAUGGAGUCGGAGACCCAGUAAUGUUUCUCGUAUUGAGAAUAAUCAGUAAAACAAUUGAGAUACCGUUAGCUAUGACAAUGCUUUACUCUGUGACCGAUUUUCAAAGUGUCUUAAACGUGAUGUGUUUCUGCUUCUCUUGCCAAGAUGAGAGCGAGGAAUCUAAAAAUAGCACUGUAUCACCACCAGGCAGCAGUACUAACAUUAGAUCAAACAGUGCAGAGUCAAUGGCUAAUGCACUAACAGCAUCACAACUGAGCCUAACAGCGCUAGGACCUCACGUAAUAAACACCGAAACUCCUUCGCACGUCUCAGUUUCAGUAGAAUCUGGAGAUAAUACCAAUGUCGCUGUCAUGGUUUAAAACUUCAUACACCAAUCACUACAUAUCACCAUUCAUGCACUUUAAAAAAACUUUGCACAUUUGUACUAUUGUCAUUAUUAUUUAACUGUGUAUAUCUAUUAUUUUUGUGUUGCUUUGUGUCAAGUUUAUGUUUGAUAAAAGAAACCAAGUCUGUCUCUUCACAAAUGAAA